AUGCUUGAAGUCUGCCUCAUCGGCGCCGGCGGCGUGGGGACCAUCGCGGCAUAUGUCCUGGAGAAGUCGCAGCAGGCUCGCGUCACGGCUGUCUUGCGGUCCAACUAUGCCGUCGUCAGGGAGCAAGGCUUCGAUAUCGAUUCCGUGGAUCAUGGCGACGUUCGUGGCUGGAAGCCUUGGAAUAUCGUCCCAUCUCUAUCUGCAGCCAUCCCAAAGCCAGCUACUAGUACCACCACCACCUCCCAAGAUCAAGGUCAUGUCCAAGGCUACGACUUCGUCGUCAUCACGACCAAAGCCCUCCCAGACCUAAUCGCCUCGCUGAUCCCGGACCUCAACCCGCUCGUGACCCCGGGCAAGACCAGCCUCGUCCUCAUCCAGAACGGACUCGACAUCGAGGCCCCCCUGGCCGCCGCGUUCCCGGACACGCCGAUCCUAUCGGGCAUCAGUAUGAUCGGGUCACGACUGACUUCGCCGCGGAGUAUCUUCCAUGAAGACCCGGAUUUGUUGAAGUUGGGUGCGUAUUUUCAUCAUCAAGACGACAGCACAAACAACAUACACAACAACAAGAAUCACUCGACAUCAUCAUCACAACCAGAACCACAAUCAUCAUCAUCCUCCUCCUCCUCUUCCUCAUCAUUGUUAUCCCGUGAAACCCAACUCGCCUCCGCCCGUCGUUUCGUCGACCUCUACAACGCCGGCCUGGGCGACGCGCACGCCAAAACCGGCGCGGAAUGUGUCCUGGUCCACGACGUCGUCGCCGCCCGCUGGCGCAAACUCCUCUGGAACGCCUCCUUCAACACCCUGUGCACCUUGCUGCGCAUCUCCGUCGGCGAGCUGCAGUCCAGCCCCGGACGCGCCGCGCUGCUGGAACCGGCCAUGCGCGAGAUCGCCGCCGUCGCCACGGCCGCCGGGUUUGGUGAGACCGUGUCGGACGAGAUCGUCGCCGCCAUGUUGGACGAGACGCCGGCCUCCAGUCCCUUCCGCCCCAGUAUGUUGGUCGAUCUGGAGAAGGGCCGGCCGUUUGAGUUGGAUGUCAUCCUCGGCGCGCCCUUGAGGGUCGCGUCCGAAUAUAAUGUCCCCACCCCGGUUCUGACUCAGGUCUAUGAGUUGUUGAGGGUCGUGCAGUGGACACUCCAGCAGAACCAGAAGAAGAUCCAAGAGCGAUAG